AUCACUGUUUUGGGUCUCUAGGUAGUCCGCCAUUUUUCUGAAAUUAAUUUGUCUCCGGGUUUUAUUUCUGAGUCUGCUUCACAACGGUCGUUUUUCACCCUCUGUAAUCCCUGCGAUUUGUCGUCGGGGAAGGCAAACAUGAGUUCGAUCCUGAGCAAAAUGGUUGGCAGGAAGUCACCAAUGAUCGCCUCAACACCACGCAGAAAUAGUAAUGCAAAACAGGGGACUGAAAAUGUUCCUCCUGAUGACGAAAAUGUGAGGGGUAACGGAAAUUACAGUCCUGCUGCUUCUGUGUUGGGCAAAGCAAAGGCAACAAGCAGUCCUGCUACUUUGCCCCCGCGGCCCCGGAAAUUGCAGCGCAAGCUUUGCAGUGAAAUUAAAUCUCAGGGAGAUGAAAGUUCAAUGGAUAGAGGUGUGAAGGUCGUGGUGAGGAUACGGCCGCUGACGAGGGAGGAGGAGCAGCAAGGCGGGGAUCCCAUUGCUCAAGCCACUUCUUCCAAUGCGGUUGCCGUUGGAGAUCACCACUUCACCUACGAUGCCGUGGCUGGAACUGAAUCGACACAGGAAGAAAUUUUUGAGAUGGUAGGUGUCCCCCUGAUACAGAACUGCUUGGCAGGAUUUAACAGUUCAAUAUUUGCUUAUGGGCAGACUGGAAGUGGUAAAACUUAUACCAUGUGGGGACCUUCUAAUAUGUCAGUUGAAGACAAAAUCCAUAGUGGGCACCGGGGCAUUACUCCCCGUGUAUUUGAGAAAUUGUUUGCACAGAUUCAGGAGGAAGAAGAGAAAAAUGUGAACAAGCAGCUGCAAUAUCGGUGUCGUUGUUCACUCCUUGAGAUAUAUAAUGAACAAAUUACAGAUUUGUUGGAGCCUAGUCGAAGAAAUCUUCAGAUAAGGGAAGACACAAAAUGUGGCGUGUAUGUGGAAAAUUUAACAGAGGAAUAUGUUGCAAGCUUAGAUGACGUGAAUCAGCUCUUAUUUCGAGGCCUUUCAAAUAGGAGAGUGGGUGCUACAAGUAUUAAUGCAGAAAGUUCACGCUCACACUGUGUGUUUACAUGUGUGCUUGAAUUGCGUUGUAAGAGUAUGUCAGAUGGCUUGAGCAGUUUGAGGACUAGUAGAAUUAACCUUGUUGACCUUGCUGGAUCGGAGAGACAAAAGCUCACAGGUGCAGCUGGAGAGCGCUUGAAGGAGGCUGGCAACAUUAACCGAUCUCUUUCACAACUAGGGAAUUUGAUCAACAUUCUGGCUGAAAUUUCUCAAGGAAAGCAGAGGCAUAUCCCUUAUCGUGAUUCACGUUUAACGUUUCUGCUGCAAGAAUCUUUGGGAGGGAAUGCCAAAUUGGCCAUGAUUUGUGCAAUCUCUCCAGCAAGCAGUUGCAGGAGUGAGACUUUAAGCACAUUAAGGUUUGCGAAGAGAGCAAAAGCCAUACAAAAUCAAGCAGUUGUGAAUGAGGAAACUGAGAAUGAUGUAAACUCUUUGCGUGAACAAAUACGCUUACUAAAGGAUGAGCUUGUGCGUAUGCAGUCAAACGACAAUACCCAAGUUACUAGCAGUUGUGGUGGAUACUCAACAGGUUGGAAUGCUCGCAGAAGUUUUAAUAUCUUGAGGUUAAGUCUCAACUGCUCACCAACAGUUCAACAUGCUGAUGCCAACAGUGAUGAAGACAUGGAGAUAGAUGAAGAUGUGGAAAAAUCUGACUGUGAACUAGGAAACAAAUCUAAAGUUCUAGAUGAAACUUUGAAGGACUUGCAGAACUCAAGUAGUAGAGACAAGGUGACGGCUCAACUGGAGACUCAGAAACCAAGUGAAAACAAUAAAGCUAAACCUAGGUCUUCUCAAGAGGUCACUAAAGAAGGUGAACCACCAUCAGAUGCAGCAUUAUUAGGUAUCUCUUGUGUAGGCAAAAACGAUGCAGCCAAAAAUCCAACUUUGUGUUCAACUAAAGAGCACUCUAAGUCAACACAUGAUACUCUAAUCAACAAUUCUGCAAGAAAACCACUUAACAAGCAAUCCCCUUCUUUGAGCAUCCUGCCUUCUGAUUUAUCACCUACUUUCCAGUGCCCAACUUUUAGUAUGUCACCUCGAAUUGAAGAUAAUAGGAGAAAUCUAAAUAAAUCAAUGCAGUGGUCACCCUUAUCUCCUUCCGUACAGGGGGAAAACUCUAUACAGGGCUCUGAACUAAGAAAAAGUUAUAAUAUUCAGUCGUCUAUUCAGUCUAAUAAAACUCUCAGCUCACCUUGUAGAAUUCUGAGUUCCCCUACAGAGACCUUGGCUGCUAGCCUCCAUCGUGGCCUUCAAAUUAUUGAUAAUCACCAGCAAAACUCAGCUUUAAGGAAGUCUUCUGUGAGAUUCUCGUUUAAAACUUUGGAUGCAAAACUGUUCAAUACAGUUGAUAAAGUUGAUGUAGGGGUACAGACAUCAGCAGAAAAGAGCACUGCAUCAACUUCCCCGAUUGCUGAGCUUCUCUGUUCUUGCAAUAAACUGGACACUACUCAGCAACCUCCCGUGGGAGAAAGUAUGCAGGAUAAAUCCAAGUGGCAGUUAAUUGCCAUUGAUGAGCCUAAAACUCCAGAGGGAUCCAAACUUCAUCUUAGUCAAGCAGUCCAGGGAGUUUUAGCAGGGGCUAUAAGGAGAGAAAUGGCGUUGGAAGAGACCUGCAACAAGCAGGCAGCUGAAAUUGAGCAACUCAAUCGCUUGGUUCGACAGUACAAACAUGAAAGAGAAUGCAAUUCGAUAAUACAGCAAAGCCGAGAGGACAAAAUCAUUCGCCUUGAGGGCCUUGUGGACGGUGUUAUUCCAGAAGAGGACUUCAUGAAUGAAGAAUUUUUGUCAUUAAUAGAUGAACACAAGCUGUUGAAGGAUAAAUUUGAGAAUCAUCCCGAGGUAACACGAGCAAUCAUUGAACAGAAGCAUUUGAUGGAGGAGCUUGAGAAGUAUCGCAACUUUUAUGAACUAGGCGAAAGGGAUGCACUUCUUGAAGAGAUUCAACACCUUAGAAAUCAAUUGCUGUCAUACUUGGAUCCUGGUUCUUCUUCAAUGUCUACUAGGAAACAGCGGCUCUCCUUAACACGCCACUCAAUACAGAGGAGGACUGAGCUAUCUGAAUCGGAUCAUUCUCUUGCUCUUUGCAGAAUCCCUGAGACUCCUAGUCACAUUCCUAUUCAAACUGCUCCUCAGGUUCCUAUUGAUGCUGCUAACCCUGCAACUGAGGAGCCUGAUCAUACUUUCCUUGAUGAGAAAUGGGAAGAAGAAAGGCAACAGUGGGUAGAGAGAGAAAGCGAGUGGAUAUCCUUGGCUGAAGAGUUAAGAGCAGAUCUUGAUUCAUAUAGAAGGUUGGCAGAGAAAAGGAAGCAGGAAGUAGAAUGUGAACAAAGAUGUGCUGAGGAGUUGAAGGAAGCCCUGCAAAUGGCAAUGGAAGGACAUGCACGCCUCCUAGAUCAGUAUGCUGACCUGCAGGAGAAGCACAUUGCUUUGCUUGCGAGGCAUAGGAAAAUUAAAGAAGGUGCAUCUAAUAUCAAACAAGCAGCUGCAAAGGUUGGAGUAAAGGGUUCACAAUUGCGUUUCAUUGAAGCCCAGGCUGCAGAGCUUGUAGCUUUGAAACUUGAAAGAGAUCGAGAGAAGAAAAGGAUGAAAGAAGAAAUAAAGGUACUCCAAGACCAAUUGAGGGACACUGCUGAAGCUGUUCAAGCUGCAGGAGAGUUACUUGUAAGACUGAAAGAGGCAGAGGAAGCCGUUUCUAUAGCUCAAGAUUCUGCAGCUAUUGCUGCACAAAAUGCUGAAACUAUGCGCAGAGAAAUGGACAAAUUGAACCGAAAACAUGCCACUGAAAUGGCCAAACUUAAUCAGCGUCUUAUGGAGAGUCGUCUUCUGAAAUCCAGUGUCUGUCCAAUGUGCCAGGUGGCUGAUCGAGUCAAGUUUCAAUUUCCACCAGCUGAUGAGUCCAUUCUCGAUGCAGAAGCUGCUGCAAAGGAAGAGCAAACCACGAGCAAACCUGAACACGGAGGAGAUUAUGGGCCAUUUCCCCAUGCAUACGAGGAUACUGAUUAUUUAAGAGUUGGUGAACCAUCUUGGUAUACUGGCUAUGAUAGGUGCAACUUAUGAGAGCUCCCUUUUGGCCCACUGAAAGAUGGCUAAAUUCUCCUGGGUUUGUAGCCUAGGGUGGAUGUACAAGUGCUGUAAAAUGAAGAGCAUUUUCAAUUGUUUUCAUUCUUUUUGAGAUGUACAUUUGGCAGGUUGAGGUGAUGUGUAUUCAUUCUUUUGAUAAUACAAAUAGUUCAGCAAUUAAGAGGGGUCAUGAAGAACUUGUUCUGUAUCUGACCAUAGGAUAACCUGCCUGUACAAGUUUGGCACGUACAACACGAUAAAUAUGAUUUUUCUGUCGGCUAUCUGCCGGAAGUUUGAGAUUUCUCUUGAUGCAGGAUAACCUGCCUGUACAAGUUUGGCACGUACAACACGAUAAAUAUGAUUUUUCUGUCGGCUAUCUGCCGGAAGUUUGAGAUUUCUCUUGAUGCUGGUGCCGCUCUUGUUCUCACUCAUUGUGAGACCUGACAAGUGAAUAACUAACCAUUCCGAGCCAGUUGAUGGCGGUAUAAUGCCUGUAUACUACAAAGUCUUGAAUGAAAUUCAAUUAAUUGACUUCCAAUUAA